AUGUCGUGAAGAAAAGUGCUAUCAGAUAACCUUUUAUUAUCAGCAAGCCAAAGCUGAAUAGGCUCUCGCUUUUCAUCUCAAUUAGAGCUCACGUCAUCUCUGGUCAAAUCCAACCUUAUUAAAUCUCCUCAAAUAUCAGAAAUUUUUUCUAAAUUAGACAGGUCAGCUUUUACAGAUGAUGAAAAUCCAUAUGAAAAUAAGCCAAAAGGAAUCCUUUGUGGAGAAGUCAUGACAUCUCCAUCAACACAUGCAUUAACACUGGAAAUUUUAUUGCCAAAUAUUUUGAGUUCAAAUAAAAUACUUGACAUUGGAUGUGGAAAUGGAUACUUAUCACAGUGCAUAGCUUUAUUAAACCCUAAUAGUAAAGUUAUCGCAAUUGAUAUACAUAAAGAAUUGGUUGAAAAAGCUAUUUUUUUGUCAAAGCUACCAAAUUUGAUGUUUAGAAAAUGCGAAGCCCAUGAAAUAAUUGAUGAAAAUUUUGAUUUAAUUAAUGUAGGAUUCACAGCUACAGAAAACUUGUAUAAAUUUUUAGUAGAAAAAUUAGGAGAUGAUGGCACGAUUUUGUGCCCAGUGAAUAAAGGAAUAGGAAACCAUUGAAUUUUGCAUAAAAAAGGAGGAGAGCAUGAAAAUUUAGGUGAAGUUGGGUUCAGUGAAAUAAGAAAUGAAGAAAAUCUUGAAGAAGACUUAGGAAAAGUUGAAGAAAAUAUUAAGCAGAUAUAUGCAGAAACAGAAAGAAAAAUUGGAAGAAGACCUAACGUUGGAGACCUUCCUGCUGAUCUCCAGCCUUUUCUUAAAGAACGUCGAGUUCUAAUAGCAAAACUUAAAAAAGCAGGAAAAUAUGAAGAAAAGCCUAAAACUAUAUAG